UUUGCUUCUAUACGAAUUUCACCAUUUGGUUUCUGUUUGUAAAAUUUCAGAUCUGAGUUCCGGAUUUCAUGGCAAUGAUUUAAAGCUUUGUUUAACGAGUGAAGCAUUUACUAUUCAGUUCCUUUUCUUUAUUUUUCAACUAAAUUGAAUUUUUCCUAUCAUUUCAGUGCUGUAAGAUUCUCAAGAACUGAUUAAAUUGUGGGUCACCUCAUGCCAACAACAAUGAUUCUCUUUUCCUAGCUUCCUAGUUUAAAUUUCAUUAAUGUUUUCAUGUUCCCUGUUUCGCAUUUGAUUGUCGGUUUUCUUCCCUUGUACAUCGAGUUGCAUCAUCUUUGUCUCUUCUGAUGUGACUGUAGUUUUGGUGCAGUUGGCUUAGUAUAGAUUGCUUUCGCGGGGAUUCCUGCUUGAAUUGUUUGAAUUUGCUCAAAGAAACUGUCUCUCUGUUGCUGCGACUGUGGUUUGAAGGUGUGAAUGGGAGGAAUUUAGUGGGAUCAAUGUGUGUCGUUUAGUAGCUGCUAUGGAAAGGAGAAUUGAGUUGAACAAAGUUUGAAAAAUUUGGAGUUUACCUUGUACAACAACCAAAGAUGAUAGGAAGGAAGAACAUGGGACGGGCAUCACCUCUGUUUCUAGUGCUGGUGGCACUAGGGUUUUUCUUUGCAACAUAUAACUUGUUAACAAUGAUGAUUCAAAACAGAGGGAAAGGGGUAACUGAUGAUUUGGAUGGUGGAUCAUUUUCUGAUCCUAUUAUGCAAAUGCCUAAGAAUGUGAAGAUGACAACAGGAGGUACUAAAGUUCCGUUUCAUGUUGCCUUGACGGCAACUGAUGCUCCGUACAGCAAAUGGCAGUGUCGCAUUAUGUACUAUUGGUAUAAGAAGGUGAAGGACUUGCCUGGGUCAGAUAUGGGAGGGUUCACUAGGGUUCUGCAUUCAGGAAAUCCUGACAACUUGAUGGAUGAGAUCCCAACAGUCGUAGUUGAUCCUCUUCCAGCAGGUCUAGAUAGGGGGUACAUUGUCUUGAAUAGACCAUGGGCUUUCGUUCAAUGGCUGGAAAAGGCAACAAUUGAAGAGGAAUAUAUACUUAUGGCAGAGCCUGAUCACAUCUUUGUAAAUCCUUUGCCUAACUUGGGACAUGGAGGAUAUCCAGCUGCGUUCCCAUUUUUCUACAUUAAACCUGCUCAGCAUGAGAAAAUAAUAAGAAAAUUCUAUCCUGAGGGGAAGGGCCCUAUAACAGAUGUUGAUCCAAUUGGCAAUUCUCCCGUUAUUAUCAAAAAGUACUUGCUGGAGCAAAUUGCACCUACAUGGAUGAAUGUAUCUUUGAGGAUGAAAGAUGAUCCAGAGACUGAUAAAGCUUUUGGAUGGGUGUUAGAAAUGUAUGCAUAUGCUGUUGCAUCUGCAUUGCAUGGUGUCCAACAUAUUCUUCGCAAAGAUUUUAUGCUACAGCCCCCAUGGGAUUUGGAAGUUGGCAAAAGGUUCAUAAUUCAUUACACUUAUGGAUGUGACUAUAAUAUGAAGGGUGAGCUAACAUAUGGAAAAAUUGGGGAGUGGCGCUUUGACAAGAGAUCCCAUCUUCGUGGUCCUCCACCAAGGAACCUCUCCUUGCCUCCUCCUGGAGUUCCUGAAAGUGUGGUCACACUCGUAAAAAUGGUGAAUGAGGCUACUGCAAAUAUUCCUGAUUGGGAACAGAAUAGUACUGGCUGAGCUAGAAGAUGAACUUGACAAUCCUAAUUUUUUGAACUUUCUUCUUACAGUGUAUACCAUAGGGAGAUAUUUGUAUACAAAGCACAAGGUAAAUAGUUUGGAAAUGAGAAAAGAAAGGUAUGGAAAGAAAACAAUCUGUAUCAACAUUUAUUGAUCACUACAUUCUUCUCAAUGCAUUGUUACUUACCUUUUGUUCAGUUUUGUUUGAUAAUUACUCUUGGAAAGCUUCUUUCAUUGGUUGUGCCAGGCAGGGGUUGCAAU